AUAGUCAUCCGUUUUAUAUAAGCUUUUAUUUUGAAAUCUCUGGCGCCAAGACUCAUUUUGUGUUCUGAAUGUUGAUUCUGUUUUCACACUAUGGAGUGGGAAUAGCUACAGACACACGGUUACAGACAGAAGAUGAGUUCUCAGUUUCCCAGGGCUGCGUUGCCUCCCUCUGGGGCUGGACAAGGUCAGACAUCUGCUGGCAGCACUGGUCUAGUGACACAAUCAGUUGGUGAGGACAGCAGCCGUGACGUGGAUCAUUCUCAUGAUCCUCCACCUGGAAGUGGGGGUGGAGCAACAUCGUUUCGUGAUGACAAGCAGGAGACAGUGGUGGUCAGACCCUACCCACAGGUCCAAGCCCACGGCCAGCCUCCCACUCUGCCCCAGCAUGUGCCUAUCCAGCCCAGCCCUUCAGUUAAUGUGGCUGCCCCAUCAGUUCACCUGCCACAGGGCCUGCAGACCAGCAUAGGCGAUGGCUCAGUAAAGGCUUCCCUGAAAUCACCGAUGCCCAGCCGUCUUAUAGCUCCUGCUCCUGCACUUAGCCAAGGGCAUAUUCCUGUUCCAGCCAAAGUGUCUGGGCAUAUAACUGUUCCUCUUGAAAACAGCAUUGCUCCUGCCUCAAUACCAGUUGCGACCAUCAGCGGUCAGCAGGGACAGAGUAACUUGCAUCAUCUAAUGGCUACUAACGUGCAGUUCAUCAGGAGCAGUGCACCUGCGCUACAGAUCGGAUCUCCUGCUCCUCCUCAUACUUUCACCUCUCACUUACCUAGAGGCGCAGCCGCUGCAGCUGUCAUGUCCAGCACUAAAGGCCCCACUGUUCUCAGACCAGCCGGAGGAGGAAACACAGGCCCUGGUCAAACAGCAGCUGUGCAGCACAUCAUACACCAGCCUAUUCAGUCUCGACCUUUGGUGACAACCUCAACGGCUGUUCUGCCUACCAUGGUGGCUCCCAUCCCAGCUGCCAGAACCCAGUCUCCAGUUAUUAGCACCCCUGUGACACAUGCUGCAGAGAUGGCACAUGGACGACCAAUGACCAUUCACUCUUCACCGAUCAACAUCCAGCGUCCACCCACCUCACGGGACACUGUCACUCGUAUCACUCUCCCCUCCCACCCAGCUAUUGGAGCCCAGAAGGCCCCACCCCCUCACACUGUUGCUCAAAAGCCAAUCUUCAACACUGUGACUCCUGUUGCUGCUGCCACUGUUGCUCCUAUAUUAGCUACAAACACAGUUCCAUCAGCCACUACCACAGGCUCUGCACCACAUUCCCAAAUGACCAGUAGCACUAUUGUCACCAUGACGAUGGCCUCUCACUCUUCACAUGCGACAGCUGUGACAGCCUCUGCCAUUCCUGUUGCUAAAGUUGUUCCUCAGCCGAUUGCCCACACAUCCCCCCGCAUUCAGCCAGAGUACCCAGGGGAGAGGACCAACCUGAUUCCCAUCUCUGGUCAUCGCUCCUCUCCAAACCCGGUCACCAUGGAGGCACGCAGCGACAACCGGCCCUCAGUACCGGUGCAGUUUCAAUACUUCUUACCCACAUACCCCUCAUCCCCAUAUCCUCUGACCCACACAUACACCCCCAUCACCAGCUCUGUCUCCACCAUACGCCCCUACCCAGUGACCGCUCAGGCUCAGAGCUCCGCUCUUCCUGCUCAGGCUGGUGUGGGUGUGGCUACCACUGUGCACUUGAACCCUAUGCAGCUUAUGGCAGUGGAUCGCAUCGGCCUGCAGUCUGCCCAGAUCAGCACACAGAACAUCCAGCCAGCCUCUAUGACUGCUCAGGGCAUUCAGCCUGCACCAGUCGGAGUUCAUGGACUGCAUGCCACUGCACCAAUCAACACGCAGAGCAUACAGCAGGCUCCGGUUGCCACACAGCAACCACAGUCAGAAACAAAACCAUCAGGUGUAGUUCUGGCUGAUAGUACUGCGUUUGUCACAAAUCAAGUUGGUAGCACUUUCAGUGGCACACAGCCCAUCACUACAAUGGUGCAGACACACUCCCAGGGGGCAGGCACCGGUGCCCCCACGCUUGUCUCCUCCCCCCGACCCAGCAUCCUUCGCAAGAAACCUGUGAACGAAGGGGCUGUGCGUAAAAGUCUGAUCCCAGCGCAGCCAAGUGAGCCUAACGCUGGCCGGGUGGAUAGUGGGAUAAGGCUGUCAGGAUCCCCUCGCCCAGCAGGAGUAAAGCCCAAGUCUGAUGUUCAUGUUGCCAUGGCUCCCCCUGUCAUGGCUACUGUGGAGGCUCUGCCCAGUCAUGGAGGAGAGCAGCAGAUGCUCUCCACUCCUGCCCAGCAUCAUUCACAGGCCAUUCCCACCCUUUUAGCUCCUCCAGCUCCUACACCCCCCUCUCAACCCACAGCAGUUCUCGCAGCCCUGCCGGUAGCCAUGGCUGUCACUCCCCCUGUGUCUGCCUCCAUGGCCAAUGCAGUGGCCUCUCCCACCCAGCCUGCGGCCAGUAGCACUGCUGCCCUGAGCUCCACCCUUCAAGAGGUUAAAGUCAAACAGGAAAUGGAGCCAAUGGACACCUCUCAACCAGUGCCCUUAGCACCCUCUUCAACGGUUCCUGCUCCAGCACUUUCCUUCCAGGCUCCCACCCUGGCUAUACCUGCCCAUCCCGGAGACCUCCUGCCUGGGGCCUCCCCAAGGAAGAAACCCCGCAAACAGCAGCAUGUCAUCUCCACUGAGGAGACUGAGAUGAUGGAGACCAACAGCACAGAUGAGGAGAGAGCUAGCAGCCGAGCCCCAGGAACCAGACCUGACAGACACGAGUCUCCACCCAGAGAAUAUGUUGAUGAGGAGGGUGUUCGUUAUGUGCCAGUCCGCCCUAGACCUCCCCUCACUCUACUGCGACAGUACCGUAACCCGUGGAAGGCUGCCUAUCACCACUUCCAAAGGUACAGCGACAUCAGGGUGAAAGAGGAGAAGAAAGGAACACUUCAAGACAUGGCAAAUCAGCGAGGAGUAGCAUGUCGUGCUCAGGGCUGGAAAGUGCACCUGUGCGCUGCACAGCUGCUGCAGCUGUCUAACAUGGAGCAUGACGUGUACAGCCGGCUGACCACCCUGCAGGAGGGGCUUAUCCCAAAGAAGAGAGCUGGUGCUGACGAUGACUUGCACCGCAUCAAUGAGCUCAUACAGGGUAACAUGCAGCGCUGCAAGUUGGUGAUGGAUCAGGUGACUGAAGCUCGAGACACUAUGAUGAAAGUGCUGGACCAUAAGGACAGAGUCCUCAAGCUGCUCAACAAGAACGGAACUCCCAAGAAGAGCUCCAAAUUAAAGCACAAGGAGCGGGCAUAGACUGGAGAGAAGAUCCCGCCAACUCCAUAGUCUUUCACCAUCAGCUGAGUCAGAUAGAGUAAUGAUCCUUAAAAGCUGGACCUGUCAUGGUUUAUCAGGGUGCUGUGCACAAUCAUCAUCAUCAUCAUCAUCAUCUUUCUUUUACAGUCUCAAAGACAAGUUGUGCACCAUCAAAGCAUUUUUUUUAUUUUAUUUGUUUUUACAAAAAAUAACUGCUUGCUGUAGAAUCAAGACAGUCUAUUGAGGCAGCCCAGUUAAGCAAUGUUUAUUUCCCUCCCCCCCCCUUUAGAAAUUCUUCAAAUAUAAUUUUUUUUAAAUAAACAUGAUGUUGCCUUAUUUUGAUUUUGUCAUAGAGGCAAAGCAUUUCCUGUAGUGGACUUUAAAGAUCAGUAGGGUCAACUGUUUUGUAACUCUUGUGUUUAGUUUGAUUCACAGCAGUACACACUGCACACAUACACACAUUCAAACCAGUGUGUGAACUUUGUGUUUUCGUGCCUUGUAAUAUGGGUGAAACUGGGAUUUUUUUUCUUGUGUGCUGUUAAAUUAAACACUCCCAUUUUAACCUGCAUAUAAGUCCACUAUAAAAAUACUUGGUUAUAGUCUUGUACUAAUCCAACUUGAGUUCUUUUCUAGCCCCUAACAAUUUUUAAAUUUUUUAAAUCAGUAUAAUUAUGAUUAUAAGAAUGUGUGGAUAAUUUUGUUUCAUUGUAAGUGGAGACUAAUGGAAGUGUCAAAGUCUUUUUUUUUUCUUCUUCUCUGUGCUGUUUUGCAGACUAUAAGUGAAUGUUAUGAGUUUUAAUAAUUAUUUGACUCUUUUGUACAUUUAGUUUCUUCAUUCUAUUUUUAAACUGGAUACAUUUUGAGUAUCUUGAGAGAAUGGAUUUGGUACUAAAUGCACCUCACAAAACUUUCCAUGUGAGUUUCUCACUUCAGCCAGAACUUCUCUUCAGCUCUUUCUUCUGCCAGUACAAUUUUCACAAUGAAACUAUUUUUAAUAUGAAUUAAUGUAAGAGGAAGGUAUCUUGAGUAGUAGUGGAAGAAUACUAACAACACAAGAUUAAGGGUUAAAAUUAGAAGUAUAUAUUAAAAGAUGAAAAAAGUAAUGUAAUAGUCAUAUAGUAUAGAGAGAUGUAAUGAUAAGUAGAAAUUAUGAAUCACACUAAACACAAGCAAUCAUAUUUUUAUUUUCACCAAAACAGAAGUUUAUCCACCAGUAAAGCUAUCUCUCCAAAGCCCUGUGAUGCUGAUAUUGCAUACUCUCUUAAGUGGAAUUUUAUCCUGUAACCAUUCAGAAAAAGAAUUGAGAAAAUGAUACAGCACUUUUUUGUAUUUAAUUUCUUAAUUUGUGUAGUUUGGAUGGUGUUUGAUUGUAAUAGGCCUUACAAGACCUCCUUAUCACUGCCAGAAUAAAUUAUUUUGGCAAAAUGUCACAAUCAGCAUCAGAACUGAAGAAUUAAGUAAUUCUAUCGUGGAUAAUACUCUGCUUGCUGGCGUGAAAUCUAUCUAAUUUUCAUGUUUAAACAUACGUACAAUGAAGAAAUUUCUUCAAGUUCCAGGUAAAAUUGUGAAAUGUGAAUAGAAAUGAUGUAUGUAGGAAUAUCUAAAUUGAUGGUGGGAAUGAGUCCAAGAGUUUAAUCUCAUCUUGGUUCUUUGAUUCUUCCAUUAGUUUGUGGUAAAACACAUUUUAAUUUGAUCAGAAUAUAUAGUACUGUGCAAAAGUUUUAGGCACUUGUGAAACCUGUUGCAUAGUGUGGAUGUCUUCAAAAAUAAUGCCAUAAAUAGUUUUUAUAUAUCAAGUAAUGUCAUACAAGGUGCAGUAAACUUAAAACAAAGCUAAAUCAAUAUUCGGUGUGACCACCUUUGCCUUCCAAAUGGCACCAAUUAUCAUAGGUACACCUGGACACAGUUUUUCUUGGUUGUUGGUAGAUAGGAUGUUCCAAGCAUCUUGGAGAAUUCACCACAGUUCUUCUAUCUAUUUAAGAUGUCUCCAUUUCUUCCAUCUCAUGUAAUCCAAGACUAACUCGAUGUUCAGUGGGGGGGCUCUGUUGGGGUCAUGCCAUCUAUUGCAGGGUUCCCUGUUCUGCUUUUCUGUUCUAUUAUAUUUGCAAAAGGAAUGUUUGUGAGUCUAAAAUUUAUAUUUCCUAUUGACACACUAAAAAUUAAGAUAUAAAUAACCAUCUUAAGACAAAUGUAAAACACUUUGGCACGGUCCUGUACAUUUAGGUUUUUUGUCUUGAUUGUUUUGGAUCAGAAUUCACAUCUGUAAACUGUCUGUCUUCUGGAAAACUCACGUGAAACAGUACACCAUAUGUCCCUGGUCAAAUAAAAUCACUCUACCAAUGUAGUGUGCAGGGGUGAAAAUUUCAUCAAAAUGUUGGGGGGGGACAAUAAACAUAACAAUUCUCAAGAGCAAUUUUUGAAGGGGACACCAAGUUUGCAUUUGUAUCAUUUUAUUUCUUAAACAGUUAUUUUAAGAAUAUAUCAUAUUAUUUACAAUACACAUAUUUUAAUGAUAUU